GGCGAGGGGCAGCAAAAGAAGUGGUGGUGGUGGGCGUCGUGGCCAUGGCGGCGGCUAUCGCCAGCUCGCUCAUCCGUCAGAAGAGACAAGCCCGCGAGCGCGAGAAAUCUAACGCCUGCAAGUGUGUCAGCAGCCCCAGCAAAGGCAAGACCAGCUGCGACAAAAACAAGUUAAAUGUCUUUUCCCGGGUCAAACUCUUCGGCUCCAAGAAGAGGCGCAGGAGGAGACCAGAGCCUCAGCUAAAGGGUAUAGUUACCAAACUGUACAGCCGGCAAGGCUACCACUUGCAGCUGCAGGCAGAUGGAACCAUCGAUGGCACCAAAGACGAGGACAGCACUUAUACUCUGUUUAACCUCAUCCCUGUGGGUCUUCGAGUGGUGGCUAUCCAAGGAGUUCAAACCAAGCUGUAUUUGGCAAUGAACAGCGAGGGAUACUUGUACACCUCAGAACAUUUCACACCUGAGUGCAAAUUCAAAGAAUCAGUAUUUGAAAAUUAUUAUGUGACAUAUUCAUCGAUGAUAUACCGUCAGCAGCAGUCAGGCCGAGGGUGGUAUCUGGGUCUGAACAAAGAAGGAGAGAUUAUGAAAGGCAACCAUGUGAAGAAAAACAAACCUGCAGCCCAUUUUCUGCCUAAACCACUGAAAGUGGCCAUGUACAAGGAGCCGUCGCUGCAUGAUCUCACGGAGUUCUCCCGAUCUGGAAGUGGGACCCCAACCAAGAGCAGAAGUGUCUCCGGCGUGCUGAACGGAGGCAAAUCCAUGAGUCACAAUGAAUCAACGUAGCCAGUGAGGGCAAAACAAGGGCUCUGUAACAGAACCUUACCUCCAGGUGCUGUUGAAUUCUUCUAGCAGUCCUUCACCCAAAAGUUCAAAUUUGUCAGUGACGUUUACCAAACAAAGGGGCAGAGUUCACUAUUCUAUCUGCCAUUAGGCCUUCUUAUCAUACUAACUCCCCAUAAUUUAUAUUGAGCUUGUGCAGAAGAAUGCCAAGCAUUAUCAGAAAAUGAAAUCUGGGGGAAGGACUGCCAAAAUUUAUCAUGAUCUCACCUAUACUUUGGGGGUGGCAAACCAAAAAUAUUUCACAGCACUGAUGCUGGUAAAAAUUUGUUCUCCUGUCAAGAAAAUUUAAAAGACCACAAUUGUUCUUUAAAAACAAAUAAAAAAAAGGUGAAACAAAAUUAACUGCUUAAAUGUUUUGUAGGGGCAAACAAAAUUAUGUGAACUGUGUUGUUUUCUUGGCUUAAUGUUUUCUAUCUAUGCUUCAUUCAAAUGUACUCUUUACUUUGAUAUAGUGCAACUUUAUGAUUUCUGAAAUUCAAUGGUUCUAUUGACUCUGUGUCACUGAAUCCAAAACAACCAAAUUCAGGGUUGAAUCUGAAUUGGCAUCUCAGGCUCAAGGUAACAGUAUUCUUGUGAUUUUACCAACUUUUCUUUUUCAGAUUUGUAGUAUUUUGGUCAAAUUCUUGUGCUGUACUUUGUGCGUAGCAAUUGAGUUGUAUCGUCAACCCCAGUCAGUGAAGAUAACUUUCAAAAGAGUAUCCUCAAGUGUAGAUUUCUCUUAAUUCCAUUUGUGUAUCAUGUUAAAUUAUUGUCGUGACUUCUUGUGUAAAGACAGGAUCUGUGGAACUGUGAUGUUGUCUUUUGUGUUGUUAAAAUAAGAAAUGUCUUUAUCUGUAUAUGUAUGAGUCCUCAUGUCAUUGUAUUUGGCACGUGACUACUGUGUACAAGGAAAUGUUAAGACUGGUUACCCCUAAACAACAUAUAUUAUACUUGCUAUUGGAAAAGUGUUUAAGACUUAGCUAGGUUUCCAUUUAGAUCUUCAUAUCUGUUGCAUGGAAGAAAGUUGGAAUCUUGGCAUAGAGUUGCAUGAUAUGUAAGAUUUUGUGCAUUAAUAAUUGUUAAAAUCUGUGUUCCAAAGUGGACAUAGCAUGUACAGGCAGUUUUUCUGUCCUGUGCACAAAAAGUUUAAAAAAAAAGUUGUUUAAUAUUUGUUGUUGUAUACACAAAUACGCACCGAAUAAACUCUUUAUAUUCAU